AGAGAGAGAGAGGGAGUGAGGAAGAGGGUGAGGCUGAGGUAGUCAGUCUCUCUGAGAAGGAAGAUUCCAGCGUGAUGCUGUUGGAUGGGAGCUGCUCUCCUUUAACCAGUCUCAGGCUGCCCCUUUGAUUGAGCCACUGGCGAGUGUGUGUGUGUAUAUGUGUGUGAAUGAGUGAGUGAGUGAGUGAGUGAGUGUGUGAGUGAGUGAGUGAGUGAGUGAGCGUGCUCUACCAGCUCCAGGCAAUCUGCUGCUAAUCAGGCAGAGGCUGACUGGAGCAGAGUGGGGGUUUAAGUGGAGCCGAGGUCCAGGUCCAGGGCAGGACAGGGCAGAGCGGGGCUGGCUGAGCAGGAGCCGUUCUCAUCGGCGCCCCCACUGGAAGCAAACAUGAGCGUUCCUAUGCUUAAGAUUGGGGCGGUGCUCAGCACCAUGGCCAUGGUGACCAACUGGAUGUCCCAGACUCUGCCCUCUCUGGUGGGACUCAACGGGACCACCAUCUCCAGAGGGGGCACCUCGGAGAGGAUUGUCAGCGCUCUGUACCCGAGUCCAGAGGAAGGCUGGCAGAUCUACAGCUCGGCGCAGGACGCAGAUGGGAAGUGUAUCUGCACGGUUGUCGCGCCGGCCCAGAACAUGUGUAACCGCGACCCACGCAGCAGACAGCUUCGCCAGCUCAUGGAGAAGGUUCAGAACAUAAGUCAGUCAAUGGAGGUGCUGGACCUGCGGACGUACAGAGACCUACAGUACGUGAGGAACACCGAGAGUCUAAUGAAAGUGGUGGACGGAAAGCUGAAGGUGGCCUCUGAAAAUCCCCGCAGUCUCAAUCCAAAGGGUUUUCAGGAGUUGAAAGACAAGGUCACCCAACUGCUCCCCCUGCUGCCGGUGCUGGAGCAGUACAAAGCGGAUGCAAAGAUGAUCCUGCGUCUGCGGGAGGAGGUGAGGAACCUGUCGGUGGUGCUGAUGGCCAUCCAAGAAGAGAUGGGAGCCUACGACUACGAGGAGCUGCGGCAGAGAGUCCUACUCCUGGAGACCAGGCUUCACUCCUGCAUGCAGAAACUAGGCUGCGGGAAGCUCACUGGAGUUAGUAAUCCCAUCACAGUGCGUGCGUCAGGGUCAAGGUUUGGCUCUUGGAUGACGGACACUAUGAUCCCCAGUUCAGACAACAGAGUGUGGUCCAUGGACGGUUACUUCAAGGGACGCCGUGUCCUGGAAUACCGCACGAUGAACGAUUUCAUGAAGGGCCAGAACUUUGUGCAGCACCUGCUGCCUCAUCCGUGGGCAGGCACCGGUCACGUGGUUUAUAACGGCUCGCUGUACUACAACAAGUACCAGAGCAACAUCGUCAUCAAGUACCACUUCCGUUCUCGGAGCGUGCUGGUGCAGCGCAGCCUGAGCGGCGCCGGCUACAACAACACCUUUCCCUACUCGUGGGGCGGCUCGUCCGACAUCGACCUCAUGGCGGAUGAAAAUGGCUUGUGGGCCGUUUAUACCACCAUCCCCAACGCUGGGAACAUUGUCAUCAGCCGCCUGGAGCCCCAGACCCUGGAAGUGCUGCAGACUUGGGACACGGGGUUUCCAAAGCGCAGUGCCGGGGAGUCUUUCAUGAUCUGCAGCACGCUUUACGUCACCAACUCCCACCUGGCAGGUGCCAAAAUCUACUUUGCCUACUACACCAACACGUCGAGCUACGAGUACACAGACAUCCCCUUUCACAAUCAAUACUCCCACAUCUCCAUGAUGGACUACAACCCCAGGGAGCGGGUCCUUUACACCUGGAACAACGGACACCAGGUGCUCUACAAUGUCACAUUGUUCCAGGUUAUUAAGACUUCUGGUGACUGAGAAGACUCAGACUGAUCCACUCAAAUAAUGCUGUGAUCAUUGUUCAGGGGAGAGGGCGACCUGGGUGUCGGGUGGGUACCGCGGGAGGUGUGUGGGGUCAUUGGGUGGUGGGGUUGGCGUGGGUGGUCGUGGGAGGAGGGGGUCAGGGCUUCAGUGUACGGGCAUAGAAAUUGAUUUUUUAAAAAAGAAUUUCAAUCUUCAUAGAGUGCUAUUAUUCACAUUGUCAAAAUAGCAAAGAUACAAAGACUGAGCGCUUCUCUGAUUUCUUCUUUGUUUUCAUUCUGUGGUGAGUAAGCAUGGUUCCUUUUCUUUGUGAUGAGAAAUAAAUAUCAACCUUCACCAUUUA